CACAGCACGCAGAGGCAGCGGCAGGACCGGCGGAGUGCGGAGGAUGCGAACUUUGCGCUGGCUGCUGCUGCCGCUGAAUGCAAAAUAUUCCAGCAGGUGGUCAAAGAGGAGGCUCUCUGCUCAGAGCACAACGAGUCUGCCUCAGCUGAUGUUAAAGGAUGUGCCAGAGAUUGGGAUGGUUUAACCUGCUGGCCCAGAGCCACUUUUGGGGAAGUGGUUAAAAUUCCCUGCCCACAAUUUUUUGAAGAAUUCACCAGUACCCAUGGUUUCCUUCAGAGGAACUGCACUCAGGAGGAAUAUUGGUCAGAGCCGUUCCCACCAUACACCAUUGCCUGUGGGUUUGAUGAAGGUUCCAGCAAAGGACCUGAGGAUCAGAAAUCCUAUUAUUCUGCAUUUUGGCGUGUCUACACCGCUGGCUAUGCAGCAUCUGUGACUUCACUCAUUACAGCUCUAAUUGUCUUUGCUGCCUUCAGAAAAUUCCACUGCACAAGGAAUUACAUCCACAUGCACCUGUUUGUCUCCUUCAUCCUGAGAGCAGUCGCUGUUUUCACCAAAGAUGCAGUUUUGUUUGCAGAUGAAACCAUGGACCACUGCCUCAUGUCCACGGUUGCUUGUAAGGCUGCUGUGGCCUUCUUCCAAUUCAGCAUUUUAGCCAACUUCUUCUGGCUUCUCAUCGAGGGCAUCUACCUGCAAACCCUGCUGCUGCUGACCUUUGUUUCCAACAAGAAGUUUGUGUGGUGGUUCAUAUUUACUGGCUGGGGAGCUCCCACUGCUGUGAUGUUCGCUUGGGUCCUCACACGAAUCCAUCAGCAGAACACUGGAUGUUGGGAUGAUGAUGAAAAUGGAGUGGUGUUAUGGAUCAUCAAAGGCCCCAUCCUGCUGACUGUAUUAAUUAACUUUAUUAUAUUCAUUAAUGUGAUCAGGAUUCUAGUCCAUAAAUUGAAAUCCCAAGAGGGAGGAGGGAAACAUUCAAGCCACUUUGUGAGACUUGCAAAAUCCACAUUGCUCUUGAUCCCCCUCUUUGGGGUGCACUACAUUGUAUUUGCAUUUUUCCCAGAGAGCACAGGUCUGGAGGCUCGGCUUUACAUUGAGCUGGGCCUGGGCUCGUUUCAGGGUUUUGUUGUUGCUCUCCUAUAUUGCUUCUCAAAUGCAGAGGUACAAACUGAGCUGAAGAAACAGCUGUGCAGGUGGCAGCACCAGGAAUACCUGACCUUCACCCACAGGCACGGGGCUUUGUCCAGGGAAACCAGCCCAGUCAACUACGUCACCCAGCUGUCCCUGCUGGACAGGAUCAGCCCCAAAAGGAGAACCUCUGUGCUCCAGGAUGGGGCCACCACUGUCUGAGGGGCUCCAGCUGCUGUCACACUGCAAUGUCCCACCCCAGAGUGACCAGCUGGACCCUUUGUCCUUUCCAUAGUGCCAGGAGCUUUCUGUAAAUUCCUUGUCCUGAGCAGGAGCUGCUUUUCUCUCCUGGUACAGAUCUGUGUCACAACCCUGGUUCUCUCUCUCCUGAAGCAGAAAACAACUUUGUUUUGUUGUGAAAAGCCAGAUUUUGAGCUAGAGUGAAUCAGCAAAUUAGCAAACAAGAACCAACCAAACAAAAAACCCCCCUACAUUAACUGUUCCCAGGCCCAGCAUGUUUGUCAUAUCUCUGUUAGCAUUUCCCAAAAUUUUCACUUUCCAAGACCACGAUUCCUAACCAUCAUUUGAAAGGGUUAUUUGCUGGCCAAGCUUUGCCAUAAUGAUUCCUGAUGUUUUACUGCUUGUUUUGAGAUGUCUUGAGACGUUCUGAUGGAAAUUAAGCACAGAAACCAGACAAGCCCUUACCUAUAGAAGAAUAAUCUGCUUUAAAAUGAAACUCAAACUCUCUUCAGUGGCACAAACAAGUUACAUAAAACACCUGCUUGAUUUUUUCUUUUUUUUUUUUUUUUUUUUGCUUUUAAGCCUGCUGAAGUGAGAUUAAAUUAGACCAGAGAAUCCUCAACCCUUUCUAGUUCCAAAGGAAAAUAUGGAGCAGGGGAAUAUUAGGCAGAUGAUGAGUGAAGGAAUAAAUGAGAGCAAACCCAAUGCCAGGUGUCAGCUGGGUACUUUGAGCCCAGAAUCACUCACAGACCUAAUCUUAGUGCCCAGAUGUUGUGGGACAGCCAUUCAAAACCUUGAAGAUCAAUCAGUGAAACACUCAGUUGAAGUGUAUUUGUGUAUUUUUGUGUUUUUUGAGUCCUACCCAGCGUUUCUCAGCUCGUUAUCACCCAGGGAAGUUCCAGGGAUUAGGAUGCAAACCCAGCUGUGAGGGCUGGUGAAGCCAGAGCUGUGCUGGAACCAUUCUUUGGGUGACUUUCCCCUUUUUCAGGACUGAGCUGGACUCCACCUCAGCCUCUCCAAAAGCAAAGAAAAGGCACAGGAGGGACAGAAGAUGGGUCAGGUUCUCCUGGGCAUUCCCAGGAAAACCUGCAUCAGGCUUGGAGACCACAGCCAUUCACUCACUCUGAAUUCCAGCAUCAAUUCAGCUUAAAAAACAAACAGUAUUCCAGUCCCUUAGUUUGCUCUGCUCUUGAUUAAUUAUUUUGUUCAGCAGACAUUUGAUUCCUGGAAAUCUCUUUGCUGAUUUUAGGUGCUUCAUCUCUAGUUCUGUUAGAGCAGAGAUGAAUUGUCCAGGCUUCUAUAAACAUGAUUCAAAUAAGUUCUUUAUUAAUUAGGCAUUUAACCCAUCUGUCACAAUGUCAUGUUUGUUGCAAGAAGCAAUUUUGUUCAUUCUUAUCAGCUUUAUUUGUAAAAGUAACCUCUGUUCUUGUGUUUUGUUGCAGAG